AUGAAGGCGGCAAUCCUGUUCGGGCUCCUGUCCCUGUCCUUCUCUGUGGGAAACGCGACCCCCAUCAAGGAACGAACCGUCCACCCGCAUUACUUCGUCGCGCCCUCGCCCCCUCACCCCCCACCUCCCCUCGAGUGGCAGGUGGAAGUCCUUCGCAACAAAACCAUCACGGUCAGGGGAACGCUCGAAGAUGUCAUAGACGAAGCCGUGAAGCAGAAUCCCAACUGGGAGAGGGACUACCUACAUGCGGCCAUCGACUAUGACGACGACAACGACAACGACCACGUCAACCGUGACACCACCUCCAAAACCGGGAAAUCCGUGAACGUGAAGCGCAAAGCCCAAGACUUCCACGCUACCCAGAUAGACUGCGGCCGGUUCGAGAGUGUUGAGUGGAUGGAGGCCCUGAAACGGGUCCAGUAUCUGUACGGCGUCGGCGGGAAGCCAACAAAUGGGCCUGGGCGUGGGGCUUGUACGCGCGUGAGCUGUGCCUAUAACACUGCUGUUGUGUGGUGUAAUGAUGAUCCGUUUACGAAGAGUCUCACCAGUUUCGCGAACAUUGCCGAUGGGGCCAUGGCUAUCCUGAACCAGUGCAUGUCAAGCCCAUUUGGCGAAGCGAGGACGGUUAGUGGGCAGGCGUUCAAUAGGAAUAACUGGAAUGUCAUCGUGAGGAAGGAGAGCUGCUGAUUGCGUGCGGGGGUGG